AAGUGCAGCCACUGAGUUUUUAAACAUUCAAAGAAGAGUAAAUCGAGCAGGGCGAUUAAAUCCCUCGGAGCUGAAGAGGACAUCGUAAGGCGAGGAUCCAAGCAGCAUGGUUACCACAAAGGGAGCAGGUCUGAAUCCAAAUGCUAAAGUGUGGCAGGAGGUCCCUGCCCACCAGAAUGACAUCUCAGAGGGGACAGAGGAUUCUCCUUGGCUGCAGACCUACCCUCCUCCCACUGAGAUGACCAACGGUUGCUCAGAUGUUCCUCCUGCAGGGGGUAAAGGAUACGACACUGAAUAUCCUGACAGUGCUGCUGACUAUGCCCCUGUGCCCGCAGAGGGCAUUGUGAAUGACGUUAACAACCCUGACUUGCCAUAUCUGGUCUUUGACCCACAAAGCGAAUCAGCCGUAGAUGGUGUUGUUUCUAAGGAACAACCAAUGUCAGAGGAGAGCCUGAGAGACUCUUUGAAGAAACAGCUGGAGUUCUGCUUUUCUAGAGAGAACCUCUCUAAGGACCUGUACCUGAUAUCCCAGAUGGACAGUGAUCAGUUUGUUCCCAUCUGGACCAUUGCUUGCAUGGAGGACAUCAAAGCCCUCACCACUGACAUGGACCUCAUUCUGGAUGUACUGCGAGCCUCUCCUAUGAUACAAGUUGAUGAAACUGGAGAGAAGGUUCGGCCAAACCACAGUCGCUGUAUCAUUAUUCUGAGAGAGGUGCCAGAAACUACACCAGUUGAGGAGGUGGAGGCUCUUUUUAAGAGUGUAAACUGCCCCAAAGUGUUAUGUGCUGAGUUUGCACACAACAGCAAUUGGUACAUAACGUUUCAGUCAGAUAUGGAUGCACUACAGGCCUACAGAUACCUAAGAGAGGAAGUGAAAAUGUUUCAGGGAAAACCAAUCAUGGCCCGCAUUAAGGCCAUUAACACAUUCUUUGGUAAGAAUGGCUUCCGUAGCAUGGACUCGAGUGUGUACAGUCAGCAUGCCCAGCCACAGGCCCAGUAUGGCUCCCCUGUCUAUAUGCAGCAGAUGUACAGCCCGCAGCAGCAGUACCCUGUUUAUCCUGUGGUGUCUCCCUCCUGGAACCCUUCAGUCAUGCCUUACUUUGAAACACCACUGGCACCUUUCCCUAAUGGCGGAUUCAUGAAUGGUUACAGCACUCCUGGGAACUACAAAGCAAACUCAAGUUCCACCAUCACCCAUCGACCCAUGAGCAGGAAUCGAAACCAUGUGAAGGGGCACCACAGGCCUGCUGAUGUGCCUUCUUCCUCGGCUCUGGGGGCCCUGAUGGAUGGCCUGUCUAGUCCCUUGAGUCCACAGCCCCUCCAGACAUCAGGAACACGGAGUGGCACCACUUCAGAGCCAGUCUUUCUGCCCUCCUUCAGCCUUAAAGAAACCUCUCUACAGGCCACCACAUCCAUUGGAGAUCUGAGUGGGGGUGGACGGGGGAGGAGAGGUAGCCACAGAGGCAUGAGGAGGAAAAGAGAAGAUGAACAUGCCAUGCGUCCUGUCCCUUUAAUGGAGACCAAGGUACCACCUCCACCGAAAUUUGACCUGGCAGCUUCCAAUUUUCCUCCAUUACCGGGAUCUGGGGUCAGCAUGCGGGGAGAAACCACGCCAGAGAUGCGCCUCUCUGAUGUUGUACGUGGACUUAAGGUGACCAACAAGUCUGUGAGCCAAGAAGUUAACGAGACCCAACACACAACCGUCUCAGAUGAUCCCGCGACCAUACCAGAUUCUAUGGCCCCGGCUGCUAAACCUACACCUGUGACACCGCAAACAAUGGCACCUCGUGCCUCAAGUGUUUCUCCUUCACUAAGAGAAGAGGAUAAAGCUGAACAUCCCAUUCCAGAAAGAAAGAUCUCCUCGUCCAUGCAGGCUGUUUCUCCAGGAGAAUCAGAACAUGCCCCCUCCACCUGCAGCCAGUCUGUCUUGACAGAAGUACCUUCUCCGUCUCCCCCAACUCCAACAUCAGAGCUGGGGCCAAGAAAGCUCAGCUAUGCAGAGGUGUGCCAGAGGUUGGCCAAGGAUAAGCCACCAGCACAGACGCCCUCCUCCCCCUCCCCUCCUGCCUCUUUAGCUAGCCAACCCCUGCAAGAGCUCAAGGUCAACAGGGUUGAAGACCCUAACUCCAGGCGCACAACAGACAAACCAGAGAAAGCUGGAGACAGCCGUCCGCCUCGUCAACCCUUACGCUCCUUCAGAGGGGCGAAUGGCCAAGCCAGAGUAGGAGGCGCAGGGCUGAAAAUUCGGGAGCAUCAGAGAAGCCUGAACACUGGCAAACAGUUUUCUCCACAGCGGGGCGCCAGACGUAGUGGCAAGGAACAAAACAUUCCCCCAAGGUCACCAAAAUAACUAAAGGGGGAAAAAAGUAACCUUUUUUAAACAUGGACUAAAACACAAAUUAUAACAAUUAUAUAUGUAAAUAUAUAAUAUAUGUAUAUAGAUGAAUAUAUUUCAUUUGAAAGACUUUGACAAAGAAUCUCUUAACAUUGUUGCAGACACGAAAUUAUUUGAAAAGACUGUAAAGUAGAUAUUCCUUUUAGGAAAAUGCAUAUAGUCUGCUGCCAGAAUUUCAGACUCUUGGGGUGAUAAAACAUACUCUGCUUAAAGUAAUAUCAUAAAUGAGCCUAAGGCGUGUGUGUGUUUGAGAGUGAGAGAGGGAGAAAGGGAACUUGAAUCUUUUUAAAUAUAUGGUGUUCUGACAUUUAGCAAGCUUUGUCAGCAUCCAAAAUGACGAGAAGGCACAUCGGAUUUCUUUCGGAGUGGUUAUUGUUUGCAUAUGAUUAAUCUCCAACUUUUCAUCUAAUUUCUUUCAGGAUAUAUGAUUAAUUAUGAAAUGGAAGAUGUUGAAUCCACGGCAGAAUAACAGAAACAGUGGGUUGUGUGAUUUCUGCAGAAGGUUUGAAUUUUGAUGAGUAGCAUUGUUUGAAGAAAUUGUCAUGAUUGUGGAAUCUUGAGCUACAUGGAUUCAAAACAUUGCGUCAUUUAAUGAUUUUAAUCCUUGAAUGUUUUGGCAGUAGUUAUCUUUGUGAUGCAGAUAUUAGAUCACUACUGCUAACAUUUGAAAUAAGCAAUAUAAUAUAACUGGGAACAUUUUUGCUUAUUUCAUUUUUGCAUCAAUGAAUCACAGUGCUUUAACUCUUGUCGAAAUCAGUAUGUCUUUAUAUACAGUAAUAGUUGCUUAAGGUUAUUUGAUGUAAGCAGGAGCAGAAAGACUGUCUCCAUGUUUUAUCAGAUUUCAAUAAUGCUGAUGUCCCUCACAAACCAAGAUUGAUGGGGUAACCUGUCAACUUUGGUUUCAGCCCUGGCUUUUCUCAAACAGUUUUAUCUGGGACUAGAUAAAAGUGAUCCAGUUAAUUAAUUCACCACGGUAACUUGUGGUACACAGCUAACCUGUUCCAGAGUAGGUGGAGUUCAGAGCAUCACUCCCCUAAUCUUGGUAACGUAGGAUAUGGUGACUCUGUAUUUUCAGUUUCAGUAAAGUUUUUAAGAGAAGGAUAGUAGCUGUUAAAGAAUCAUUGGUGAUUAACAUCUGCAUGUAAGUGCUAAAAAAUAAUGGACUUUUUUUUUUUUUUUCUUUUCUAUAAAUACCUCAAAAGAAAUGUGUCACCUGUUGAUUAAAGUAGCCAAUGAUGAUGCUGGUGUCCUCUUGAUUUGGUGACAUUGCCUGCAUCAUCUGUUUUGAUUGGGCACAUUAGGCUUCAGAUGAAUGUAGUCUGUUGAUGUAAAACCACGUUUGAGCUUGAUUUUGUAAAUGUCUGUGUGUUUGCUUUCUUGAGUGUAUAUAAAUUUAUUUUUGAUCUGCAUUGUUAAUGUACUUGUUUUCCUGUUGUAGAAAGCUGUGUUUAAGUUCCAUUAUCUAUCCACUUUUAAUGUUUUUCUUUUCAUUAUAUUAAGUGUUUCUUUAAUAUCUUUAAAUUGUUGUGUAGACUGAUCUGAGAAAACUACUUGAUUAUUGACAACUGAGUUGAAUACUGAUCUGUAUAAUCAGGACUCAUGGCUCAACAAUGAGCAGAGCAUACCUGUACCUGUAGUGGUGUUAAUUGAAAUGCACUAUACCUUUUUGAUCUCAAUGCUUUUAAUCAUUACAGAUGUAAGAAAUGGAAAGUUGUUGCUCAGAAAUGCUGGACUUGUCUCAUUGUUUUCAUUUCAUCUGAAUAGUCUGUGGUGUUGCAGAUGGAAAUGAACAAAAAAUGAAUGAAGGUAAAGAAUUAUAGAUUUUACAUGUAAGAAAAUUAUUAGAUUAAAAAAAAAAUUGCCUUAGGUAAGUAUUUUGAGUCCUCUGCUUCUAGGGAAUUCGCUGUGUUUUUACAGUAUUUUGUUUUUUGUAAUCAGUAGUUCAGUUGUCUCCUGUGUGUGUAUAUAUAUUUGUCUGUAUCUGACAGUGUAAACUUGGGUGCAAGACCGAGGGAUUGCUUCUGCUUCAGACUACAUGGAACUAAUAUCUCAAACCAAACCUCCAGUGCCUUAACAGUGUUUCACUUCAGUAUAAAAGAAAGUGUGAGAAUUUUGAGCACUUCAGUUACACUGAUCAAGGCUGGUUAGUUGGUUGUCAGAAUCCAACAUGAUCAGUUUAUGACACUUGGAGACACUAGAUCCUGUCCAAUGUAAAUCUCAGUUUACUGUAGCCGCAACUGGUUGGAGUGGAGCUUAAUUUGUAUGUGCAUGCUUGUUUGUCCGUUGCUAGGUGUGUAUGAUACAGGUUAUGUUGUUAGCUUGUCAAUGCAAAGUCGGUCUUAUAUCAGAAUCCUGCAACUGCCACACUGGUACACACUGGUUUAUCAAGUGAAUAUUUUAUUACUGAGCCUG